UUUUUCCUGUCCCUAUUUUUCAUUUUUAGCAGCUUCAACUUCCCAAGUUACCGAAAAACAAAUAAAUAAAGAAAUUGUUGAGUUAAUUGAAAAGAUAACAGAAAAACCCUCGUUGUUUUAUGAAUUGGUAGAAAAAGCGGAGUUUGUAGGAAUAUUCUCUUCAAAGAUGGAAGGAAGUGAUGUGAGGAAAAUAUUUACAAAAACAAUUAUGGAUAAAUUAUCAGAAAAAGAAAAUAAUGAAUUAUGGAGCUUGAUAUGGGGAAUACUAGAAAAGUAUGAUAAAAUAUUAAAAAUGCUAGCGGGUUUUUGGAAUGAUAAAUGUAAAAUUGAUAAUGAAAAUAAGCAAAAACUUGGUCAUAAAAAUAUGGAAAAUCCAAAGGUUUUGCCAAAAAUUCAUAAAGAUGAUAAGCAUAAAGAAAAAGAACAUGAAGGUAAUUAA